AUGACUGGGGUUGAAACAGUGGUAAAACUCAUGGAGGAUAUAUCUAUAAGUGCUAAGGAAGAAGAGGAUGAAGAAUAUCAACUACCAAUAGACGACCACGAGAACCUCAGUGCAAUUGAUACAAAGACACUUGAAUUACUACAGUUACUAGACAAAUAUGAGAACACUAUAAUGAAGCAGAUGGAUAUUAAUUUUAAGAAUGGAUACUUGAACCUUUCACGUGCCAAUUACAACUCUGGCUCGUUGACCAAGAAGUUUGGAAUAGAAUCCAUUGAUAUGAGAGAGCAUUUGGCCAAUAAGAUAGUGGAGGUUAAGGGUAAGGAUAUAGUGCUAAAGAACGUCACAAAAGAGACGAUACAAGAAACUAAGAAAACAUACAACACUAUGAAAGCUGAUGAAUCUAAUAAUGAAAACGGUCUUAGAAAUCGAAAUCAAAAUAUAAAGUCAUCCAAACCCAAAGCGUUUGAAGAAUCCGAGGAAGGUGGUAUAUUAAGAGAUCCAAUACAUCAAUUUGGUGGGUUGGUUCCUUAUCAAUUAAGACAGUCACAAACUUAUUUCAUUAAAGGUUUGAAAGAUGCUAUUUCUCUUGUUGCAUUACGUAGUGAUAUACAGCUGUUGAUUCAAGAAAUAGAGUCAUUAAGACUGACAGACUGA